AUGUACUCUUUGUGCGUGAUUUGCGCUCGCCCGAACUCGAAUUACAAGUGUCCCAAGUGUCGUCAGCCGUAUUGUUCCGUGAAGUGCAACAAGGAACACAAGGGGGGAGGAGAAAACGCUUCUUCGUCUUGCGUCGUCGUUUUACCGAAGAAGGCACUAACGAAAGAAGACAAAGAAGAAUUGGUUGAAGGAGAAUUGGAAUUGGAAGCUUUGUUGGCGACGACGAAAGAUACUGAUACCACUAAUAAUAAUACGUUGAAGGAGAAGAGUAUAAAACCAAAACCGACGAGGACGUUCGAAACCGAUUCCGAGGACAUUCAUCGACACCGGUUACGACGAGAACACUUCGCAAAGUUGGCGUUGAAUUUACCUCUUUUGGAGAAAUUACGAAGCGAGAGAUUGUUGGAAACGUUGAAAGCGAUCGAUAACAGCGCCGAAGAAAGCGAGAAGAAAGGAGAAGAAAGUGCUUUGGAAAACGCGCUGAAGAAUUCAGAUUUUCGCAAGUUUGCGGAGGACGUGUUAGAUACGAUCACGACUGGGAAGGAAGAGAUAGAAAGAGAAUAA